AUGGAAAACAACUGUGGAAAACUUUUCAGACCUCUGUUCAAAGUAGUGACUAACCAUGACUUGAGAGGACUAAGGGAGGAUAUCAACUGGACCCCAGAAGUGGCUAAAGUGCUUCCGGUGACUUCACCAGUGGAUGAUUUCAGGCAGCCUCGGUACAGUAGCAAUGGCAACUUGGUAUGUACAAAGAAAUCUCAUGGGAAAGGAAGGACAUCGAGAAGAGCUGACAAGGACCAUUAUGAAACUGACUAUACAACAGGAGGGGAAUCCUGUGAAGAACUAGAUGAAGACUGGGACAGGGAGUACCCACCAAUAACCUCAGACCAGCAGAGACAACUGUAUAAGAAAAACUUUGACACUGGUCUACAGGAGUACAAGAGCUUACAAGGAGAAAUAGAUGAAAUCCACAAAGAGCUCUCUCGCCUGGAUAAAGAACUAGAUGAUUAUCAAGAAGAAAGUGAGGAAUACAUGGCAGCUGCCGAUGAAUACAAUCGACUAAAGGAACUUAAAGCAUCUGCAGAUUAUAAGAAUAAGAAGAAAUAUUGUAAGCAGCUGAAAAGCAAAUUGUCUCAUAUCAAAAAGAUGGUUGCGGACUAUGAUCGACAAAAAACAUAA